CAGACAAUAAUAAAUCAAUUACGAGAAACAAAAAAAACCAGAGUGAUUAGCAAAAAUGUCGUCGGCUCGUUAUGCGAUCACACGGCUAGGAUUGGCUCGAUCCUUGGGGGAGAGUCAGAUUGGUGGAUCACGCUCCGUUGGAUCGGUUCGGCGCUUCAGCGACGACAAAGGUCGUGUGCUGAGCGAUGAGGAACGCGCCAAAGAGACCAUCUACAUCCAGAAAAUGGAGAAGGAGAUACUGGAGAGAAAGAAGAAACUCGAGCAACAGAAGCCAGAUAGUGACAAAGCAAAGAAGCCAGAGGAAAAGAAGCCCUGAGUUUCAUCAUCUGCAGUAGCACAUGUGGUCACAAGGCAAGCAACAGUGAAAAAUAAGCCUUUGACAGUUUCACCUUUGUCCUCUUUGGUUUGAGACUUUGUACUUGUCACCCCCUCCUGUGUAUGUUUGUUUGUGUGUGUUACAAAAAAACCAAGUUUUAGACUGAAAAUAUAAAUGGCUGCCUCAAUUAUAAAACCACC